UUCUGACGGACACCCACAAUCACAUCACAUCCGUGCUUCGAUUCGAACUUGAAAAUGAAACCUUAAUAUCCCAAAAGCGGUGUCCUCAAUCAUCGUCACCACGAUGUCACUGACACUCAGAUAUUCUGUUGUUCCCAUAUCAAAGCCCCUCUUUCUUCUUCUCCUUAUUGUGAUCCUUUUUCCUCUCACUGGGACAGCGACAGGAGAUCAUUCAUCUGAUCUUCAGGAGGUGCUCCAGAGGCAUGGGUUGCCGGCGGGGCUCUUCCCUCAGAGCGUGAGGUCAUACGAUUUGGACGGAACGGGUCGGUUGGAGGUGCACCUGGAUCGUCCCUGUCUGGCUCAGUACGAGACGAGGGUGUUCUUUGACAGCGUGGUGAGGGCUAACCUAAGUUUCGGACAACUCAAGGUGUUGGAAGGAAUGUCUCGGCAAGAGCUUUUCCUUUGGCUACCUGUCAAAGAUAUCAUUGUCACCGAUCCUUCCUCCGGAGUCAUUCUCAUUGAUAUCGGUCUUGCCUAUAAACACCUUUCAUUCUCUCGCUUUGAAGAUUCUCCAGUUUGUAGAUCUCAGUCGGGUCUUAUGCUUAAGAUUAGUGGAAGGAAGGGUGUUGGAUUUAGAGAUCAGUGACGAAGGUGUUCGUUUGGCUGAGGAUGGAUUGCUUUUAUUUUCUCUUCUGUUUGUUUGGGUUCUAGUUUUCUAUUUAUGUGAAGAAUGUGCAAACCCAAAAUUUAUAAUGCCAUCCAAUAAUUUCAUGAACUCUAUCACAUGACAACCAAUAUUACCUUGCACAAGAGAAUGAAUUCUUCUAUUCUAGAUAGAAAA